GCACCGGCCGCUCACCAGUGACGAUCAUCGCGUUACCGCCCGCGAAAGUGAACUCGAUUUUAUAAAUUCAUAAUACUAUUACACUAUACUAUAAUAAUUGUAUUUUUCCCGAGUGAUUUAUACAUCGCCGUAUUUUAAUAAAACACAACAUUACCAUUAUUAAAUUUUAUUAGACGUGGUCAAGAUGAACAUUUAUCUACUCGCUUCCGUCUUGCUCAUCGCAGCAUAUCAAGUUCACGGCCAGAGAGAAGAGUUCAAGUGCCCAGACGACUACGGGUUCUACCCGCACAGCAUAUCUUGCGACAAGUACUGGAAGUGCGACAACAAUGUGGCUGAGCUAAAGACUUGCGGUAACGGUCUAGCAUUCGACGACACCGACCCCAAGUACCUGAAAGAGAACUGUGAUUACUUGCACAACGUUGACUGCGGCGCAAGAACACAAUUGGAACCUGCSGUUGGUGGACCCCACUGCCCAAGAUUAUACGGAAUCUUCCCCGACGAUGUUAAGUGCGACACCUUCUGGAACUGUUGGGCGGGUGAGGCUAGCAGAUACCAAUGUUCUCCAGGUCUGGCUUACGACCGCGAAUCCAGGGUGUGCAUGUGGGCCGACCAAGURCCAGAAUGCAAAGUCGAUGAAGUAGCAAAUGGUUUCAGCUGCCCGGCUGCCGGUGAAUUAUUGGCAUCCGUYGGAUCUUUCAGCAGACACGCUCACCCAGACGACUGCAGGAAGUACUACAUUUGUAUGGAAGGCUCGGCCAGAGAAUACGGUUGCCCAAUUGGCACAGUUUUCAAAAUCGGCGAUACCGACGGAAGCGGAAGYUGUGAGAACCCCGAAGACGUUCCCGGAUGUGAGGACUACUACGGCGACCUGGACCURAAGGCGAUCAGGAAGAGCGAACUGUUGGCCGGACUAGAGAACAAACCUAAACAAUCAUCGUCAGCUGAGUCCAAGUCAGCACCAGCCGCACCCAAGCCACAACCCCAGAGACAGCAACAGCAAUCCAACAGGCCGCAACCCCMGCAGCAGUCCAACAGGCCACAACCACAACAACUCCCCGUCUCCUCGCAGUCAUCCAAAGACUACGAAGACGCUUAGACUAAAAGAUAACGACAGCGGCGUAACUCGCCCGCGGUGACGGACACACCACACACACACACACACACACACUUAAACACAAAUACGCAAACACAAGGACUUUUUGAAAGUUUUUACUUAAGGUUUUUGAAUUGUGUGAGUACCGAAUUUUCUUUCCCUCCCUCAACCCCUCUACUGUAUACUACCCAUGUCCAACGCAUAUAAAUAUAAAACGAUUUAUAUAUAUGUAAAGAGGAUUUAUAUACAGGUGCUCACACAAUUUAAUACGUUUUUUUAAUUAUUAUUAUACUUAUUAUUAUUGUGUU